GCGGGAGGGCACUGCUUCGGCGCUGGCGCUGGAAUUGACUUGAAGAAGAACUCGGACUGGUCAUGAAACAAAGAAAAGACCACAGUCCCGGAGGCGGCCGUGGCCGCAAGAAGCGAGGUUUGAGUGACAUUUCUCCAUCUACAAGCUUACCACCUCUGGUUGAAGGCCAGCUACGCUGCUUUCUGAAACUUACUGUUAAUAAAAUUAUAUGGAAGAUUGCAAAGCCUCCUGCCUGUGUACUUGUCCGAGUGAGAUGGUGGGGAGAAACAUCAGAUGGAACUCUCUUUUGUCCCAGGGAUGCAUUGCAGACUGAACCAAAAGCUGUGAGAACAACUACACGUUAUGCUAUUCGCUGUGGUCCAAAGCAGUUUACCUCUUAUCUGACAGAUAUGGCUGUGCUGGUGCUGGAAGUAAUCACCAAAUUCGAUCAUCUUCCCAUUGGUAGAGUUCAGAUCAGUGGACUAGCCCAGCUUUCUCCAACCCAUCACAUCAAUGGAUUUUUUACUAUUGUUUCACCAACAUCUAAGAAACUUGGUGAACUGCAGGUAUCACUUGCCCUGGAGCCUCUGUCAGAAACGUAUGACACCUACAAUCCUCUUCCUACCACUGACUUGACAGAAAAUGUGCUUUUAUCAGAGCAGGGAUGCAGAGAAAAAACUGAACCCAGCAAUAUCCAGUUUCUGGUUCCAUCAAGGCCUCAUGGGAUACCUAGCACCAAAGCUGAUGGGAAAGAGUUAGCAGCCAAUAGUAGUAGAUCAACCACUCCAAGGGGGAAGGACCACUUGUACUUUACAGAGAACUCUGAUGCAAUGAAGGACUCUUUCUUUGGACUUCAGCCCCAUCUUAAUUCAGGACAGAGUUUAGAGUCUAUGACUAUGAAAGACAAAGCUCCACAAAAGCAGAUGUCUCUUCUCAGCAAUUCUGAAUUCCAACCUCAAAUCAGGACAGUUGCCAAAAGUCAGAGUGAUUCAUGUGUUCUUUCUUCAAACAACCCCCCCACCAAGGACCUUCUUUCAGCGCUGUUAGAACAAGGCAAUAAACUGCGUAAUGCCAUGGUGAUUUCCGCAAUGAAAUCAAGCCCAGAUGCUAGCAUGGUUUUGGAUGAAGUUCAACCCUCUAUGAAGGAAGAUUUCCUUAAAGUAUCACCACAAAUCAAAGCCUUGCCGAGGAAUCAAUUGAAAGACCAUGAUGAAGACCAUGUCCUCCUUCCAACUGAGAAUACAUUUUGGAAACAUGACAUAAAAGCUGAUACCAAGGCCAUACAGCUGUUACUAGGCAGUGCUGAACUAGCCCAGGGUCAUUACUGGGAUGGACUAGGCUCGCCUCCAGAUUCCCCAUCUCCUGGGAGUGAUGUGUAUUGCAGCAGUGAGCCAAAUGACCCUCAGUAUGACCAGAGUCUCCUGGAGAACCUUUUUUACACAGCACCUAAAUCUAAUACCAGCUUCAGUGAUUUCUUCAGUGAAAAUGAUGAUAAUGUCCCUUCUAAAAAAAUUAAUAAGUCAAAAUCUCAUGCCAAAUCUCCUAAGGUUCUGGAUUCAAGUGAUCAUAAGCUAAAGAAGACAGAAGUGGGCAAGAAAAAUAGAAAUUUGGUUGAACAACAGAUGCCAUCAGUAGCACUGGAAGAUGCCCAAGUGAUGACACUGAGUGUGGAUAAACUGUCCCUCCUGGGUAGAACGCAGUCAGUCAGAAUCAUCAUCGAAACAAUGGGAGUCCCUCCAGAUAGUCCUCAGGUCACCCUUGGCAAAAAAAGCUUUCCUGGGGGACCACCUAAGCUGACACCAACAAAAAAGCGCACCUUCUUUAUAGAAUAUCAUUUUCCUGUGGGCUUUUCCAAAAGUGGAAUGGGAAAAACAUCUUUGAUCACAGAAGUCGUUCGACUCGCCUCCAGUAAAGUUAUAGAUGGAAGGGUGAAAUUCCAGCAACGAUUUGUAUUUCCAGUACACUUCGGUGGCCCAAUGAUAGAACACUGGUGGAAUUCCAACCUCACUUUCCAAAUUUACACAAAGAAACCCCCACAAAAAAAGCCAGAGGUGACUGGGUCUGCAUCGCUGCCUUUGCGAGCUGUCAUUCAGUCUGAGCUGCUUUCUUUCAGUGACCAGCUUCCAGUGCAGCAGGAAAAUGGUCAGGAUCCUCUUGGCCCCCUCAAGGUAACUGUGGAGCUUAUUCUGGAUAACAAAGAUUUCAAUGGCAUCAAUUCUAACUUAAGUAGUAACACCAGACAUACCCCACUUUCUGCCCUAUCAGAACCUAGCCAGCGUGUUACCUGUAUCAAACAUCCACAGACACGAAAUCAAAUUAAUGAAGAAACUGUAAAGAAAGCAGAGAAUUUAGUGUUCCCCAACCCAAAGUCAUCAAGCCCUGCUCUGCCAGACCCUUUACCCUUCAUGGAUGUGCCAGCUUCCCACAAUUUAAUAAAUCACACAACUGGGUCAACAAAAGAAAGUACUUUGCUCUUGCAUGUGCUAUUGAUGGUACCAGAUGGGAAAGAUUUCAUUACUGGAAAGUCUGAGAAACAACCACCAUGCAAUAUCUAUUUUAAUUGCAAACUCUUCAGCACUGAGGAAGUAACAAGAUCUGUCAUUGCCUGGGGCACAACACAACCAGUAUUUAACUUUUCUCAGGUGAUUCCUGUUUCUCUCUCUUCCAAAUACCUGGAAAGGCUUAAGAACAAUGUGAUGAUAAUUGAAACGUGGAACAAGGUGCGGAGCCCAGGACAGGACAAGCUGCUCGGGCUGGUGAAACUCCCUCUCCAUCAGUUUUACAUGUCAUUCAAAGAUCCCAAGAUUUCUCGCCUGCUGCUUGAUGCACAGUACCCUGUGGUAGCUGUCGACAGCUACAUGCCUGUGAUUGAUGUGUUCUCAGGCCACCAGAAUGGGAGUCUUCGAGUCUUUUUAGCCAUGGGAUCUUCGAAUCAGAUAAUGGCACUACAAAGAUUAAAAAAUGAAGAGGGAACUCUUCCUUCCUUCAGCCCGGGACCAGCUCAUUUCUUGGACCAGCCAUCUACAGCAGCUGUCGCUAUGGUAAAGGACCAAGGAAAUGCAUUGAUGGAACACCACUUUGAGGUCUUUGUAGAGAAAGUUAAAGGACUGGCCCCACUUCAGGCAACAGUCUGGGGAGAAGCAGAUUGCUAUGUCCAGUACUACUUUCCGGUUCAAGACUCACAAUCCAAUGUGCUCAAAGGACCUGAGUUCCUAGAAAAUGGAAUCACUCUGAAGCCCUUCAGAUCUACAACCACACUUUGUAUUCCAGAUCCCAUCUUUAAUAGUGAGCACCAUCAUUCUCUCCUGUUGCCAACUGAAAUUCCAGUGCAAAGACUCCUACUCAGUGCCUUCUCUGCACAGGGGCUUGUACCUGGUGGCGGAGUCCAGUUUGAAAUCUGGUGCAGAUACUAUUAUCCUGAUGUGAGAGACCAGAUGGUCGCCAAAGGAACCUUGCCAUUAUCAAGGAUCUGUGCCAUGGUCACCAUGGAGCACCGUGAGGAUACAGGAAUACAGACCUUUAAUCUCCCUUUAACUCCCAAGCUUGAGAACAGGAGAGAACUGAGGAACCAAUCAUCAGGUUUACUGGAUGUGGGCCUAAGGUACAGGCGCACUGCAAGGACAGCAGAGGGAGUACUUGCUGCCAGAACCGUCUCUCUCUCAGUUCAGAUCAUCAGAGCCUGUGGUCUGCAGGCUGCAGCAGAGACUUUGGCUGAGCAGGAACCGGCUCUACAGUUUAGUGCUACAGUUGGGGUCAAUGCCUUUGUCACCAUUCAUCUCUCCUUCCUGCCCAAGGGAGAACAGCGCCGAACCCGCCCUGUGGCCCGUUCUUUCUGCCCUGAGUUCUCCCAUCACGUUGAGUUCACAUGUAACUUGGUAACUCAGCACUGCAGUGGGGAGACCUGUUUCCUCGCAGAGCUGUUGGAAUUUGCAGAGGUUACUUUUGCUGUUUAUCAUGAGGAUACUAAGUCAGCAAGUGAUAUAACCAGUAUCCAGUCAUUGAAAGAGUAUCUGCUUGGAGUUGUAAAAAUUCCAACCAAAGAGCUUCUGAUGAAGAGAUCUGGGAUCACAGGAUGGUAUCCUAUCAUUUUGCCAGAAGAUGGGACCCUGCCUCAUGGUUUGGAGCUCAUGCAGAAGAUUGUAGGUGGUCUUGAACUUUCUGUUUCUUUCACCCAUCCUGGAGACAGGGAGCGGGUGCUGGAAGCCUCAGAGCUAUUGGGCUGGAGCUUUGACAAUAACCUGAAGGAUCUUAUGAAGAUGGAUGAAAAGGACCCAGCCACUGUCACCAUCUCCACCCCAAGACUCUGGCUGCCCAUCCAUUGUGUGUUGCUUGCCGGCCAGAGGCAUAUUCAUAAGAGCACAUACUGCUAUCUCCGCUACAAGCUGUAUGAUCGUGAAGGUUUUUGGACUCCUCUCAGGAAGCCUAAGGAACUUACAAACAAAAAGCAGGUCACGGUUACUUUCAAGGCAUCCAAAAGAGCAGAAGUCACUAGAAGCCCAUCACUACUUUGGUACUUCAGGGAGGAGAGGUUAGAGAUCCAGGUGUGGCGGGCUUUUGGCAAUGACAGUGUGGAAAGGCCACACCAGACGGACACCUGGAUUGGCUCAGCCUAUGUGGACCUGGCCAGACUUGGGGAGAGGUCAGCAAAGACGCUGACUGUCAGUGGUGUGUAUCCCCUAUUUGGACGAAAUGCUUCCAAUCUCUCAGGAGCUGCCUUGCGAGUUCAUGUGGUUCUGUCUUCUCUUUCCCCACAUCUGGGGCCCACUCAUGAGCUGGACUCCAUGGACUGCAGCAGCCACAGUGAGUCAGAGCAGCUCCCCAGAAGAACUGAUGAGAGCUUGCUGUCUCCUCCACAUGGCCACCAGAAGUCUGCCUCCACCCAGGUCCCCUGCUGCAGCUCCACACCAGAAAUCUGCCCAGCCCCGGAGGGCCCUGCUGAGGAUGGAACUUUUGCAGUCAGUAUCCUGGUAGAAAGAGCCAUGCACUUGAGCUUGAAAGGGAGCCCCUUGACAGAGCGGAAAGUCCCCAUACCCAGUUGUUGUGUGUCCUUUGCAACAGCUGAUGAGUCAUCGCCUGUCUACACCAAAGUGAUUGAAAACACAGAUUCUCCCAUCUGGAAUUUCCAACAGCAGUCAAGGCUAUCAAAAGAGCUUCUGUUGGACUCACAACAAACUCUGGUCUUCAAAGUUUGGCAUAAAGGAGAAGAGGAGAGGGUCAUUGGCUUUGCGUCAGUAGACCUCUCCCCACUUCUCUCUGGCUUCCAGUUCGUUUGUGGCUGGUACAACAUCACAGACUUCAGUGGAGAAUGUCAAGGACAGAUAAAAGUUGCUAUCUCCCCUUUGGAGAGUCUGAUGCACCUCAAAGAAGAAAGGCAAGCAAGACGUGGCAUGGAUAUCCCUGGAUCACUGAUCCCUACAUACAAUCCCUUUUCUUUCCUGGCCUCUGAUGUAUAUACAGCAAUCCCCAGCUGCAUUGCAAGACAAACCCCAGAAAGACUUGUUCACACCUCUUCAAAGGAUCCUGAUUUCUCCUCUGCUGGGAGAAGCACUGCUGCAAGAAGCCAGGUAUCACGCCAUGAAGAGCAUGUGCAGAACAUCCGUCGAUUUCAUGAAUCCCUGCAACAGGGAGAGGCAGUAUUGCUAAGUGAGGACAAACUGACCACAUCGCCUUUGUCCUCCCAGACUUCCAUUCUGACUUCUCUCAGGAGGAAUCUGAGUGAACUGGACCAGAUCCAGAGAUACUUCAACCAGAAACUCACCAAGCCUUUACUUCCACUCAGUCCUCAGAUUCACACCUCCACCUUGCAAAGCCAGGAGAGUCAUAGGGACCAUCCUGGGCCAGGAGUGAGCAGCCUAGACCCUGAGAGUCAGUGCAUCCUGGAGAAAUCCAGUAACCUGGUAUCACAAGUCAGCUCUUUAAUCACAGAUCUGCAGACUGUCACCAGGAAUUCUCAAGCAUCUUUGAGUUCUCACCGAGCCAGGAAUAGAAGCAGAAAGGUCACUACCCUCCCAGAUGCUCAGGACACAGAAGCCAUGCAAGAACAAAGCACAACUCCAGACCUGCCAUUGGCCAGAGCUCCAGAUAAGAGCACAAGCUCCCCACCUCCCCCUUCUCUUAAAGAAACUCUAGGUGAAAGAGCAAUGUUCCAUGAGACCCUGGGGCAUACAGUACCUAUUACAAGGGUGCAGAGUAAUGAGGACACCCAGGCGGACACCCAGGCAGGGCCAGCCUACAGUGAUGAGGACUAUGAAGAAGCCAUCAUUGAGCCUAGGACCCUCAAUGAGAUCACCACCGUAACAGACAAAACUAGCCCUUGGUCCAGUUUUCUGUCAGACACAAGUGAGAUCAUUAACCUUCCGCCUGAUGAGGUUCAGUGGGAAGGCACCUCUAGUCCUCCAGAGUCUUGCCCCAGACAGGUGCUCAAGGGCAGAAGUACCUUUCUGUCCAGCUUAGAAAGGGCUACUAACCCCUACCUGCAUGGUCAGGAUUCUGCUAGCCAAAGUCUUGUUCCAUGUUCAGUUGAAGCCUCCAAGGCCAGGGGUAGAGAUUCUGCCUCAGCAGACCCUCAGCAAAUUCCACCCCUGACACCCCCAGGGACCCAACAGAGCAACGCCUCAGUUGGAUGGAGCUCACCAAAGGCAGAUCAGGACAAGGAACCGGAGUCAGAGGCUCAGGCUGAACAUGAAGCUGUCUCCAGUGAGCUGAGUGACUCUGCUGAUAGCUUCGAGAAUUUUCCUCUGCGCCUAGCCUCUCAGAGCACACGGGAAAACCAUAUGGAAUCAUCCAUCAGCUGCCCUGACAUGAAGCAGAAGCAGGUGACAUCUGGGUCUGAGGUGCCUACGAGACAGAGCUUCCUUCUCCCAGAGCCCAUUGUGGUACCCAACUUCUUCUUGCCUGCCCAGCAGUUGGAGGCCUCCAUGCGGAUGCUCUCACUCUCUGCAACUUUGCCACCACCAGUCACAACAGAGCAGGACAAGAGUGAUACCACCAGGGGAGCCCUGUCCCGAAGGCCUUGUCGUCCCAGACCUAUUCCGCUGCCUCCCAACCUGCCUGAGGAAGAAACUCGUAGGAUCGCAAGGAUAUUUUCUUCCCGGUACUCUCAGAAAGACUAAGGCAGCCCAAGAGACGGGGUAGGAUACACCUGUCCACCUCCCUCUGCCCUAUUUGACUCACAGGAGGCACCAGCUCUGCUUCCCUUGGGGCUUCCAGAACCCUGAAACCACCACCAGCCUAGUCUGCCGACACUUGAGACCCAGUCAGCCCAGACCGGAGGCGCGUCCCAAAGCAGCCCAUUGUCCACCUGCCAGCAUCUCCCUGGCAGGAGAUGAUGAGACAAAGGCUAGAAAACAUGAUUCCAGCACCCAGGUGACCCACCCAUCUUUUGGUCAAGCGAACUAAGCAGUCAUCUUACAGCUGAGAAUUUCUCCCAGUGUCCAUGACAGCCACCGCCUUCUGCCCACCCUCUGCCUGAGAGAUGGGCCAUUUUUGCCUUAAGGUUUGGGGGAGGGGAGGGGUCGAGGCAUGAAGAUUGUGUGCAUUGUACAUACACGAGGAAUCUUCAGGCCACCUCCAGUUCAUUUGCCUGGGAGUAGGAUAUUUUAUAGAUGUAAAUUAUUUUUAUGCCGUGUUGAAGUAAUCAGUAGGAGAGGAGGGGGAAUCACCUCCUUCAAACAUUUUAUCUGAUUGUCUGAAAAUUCUAACCAUGCUUUUAAUUUAUUAUUUUUACCCAGCUCUGAAGGUCAUUGUU